CUAACUGAACAAUCUUGCAGUGCUCUGACAUCAUCAGUCCUGAGCUCUGCAUUCUCAAACCUGUCAGAGUUGGACAUGAGCCAUAAUGACCUGCUGGAUUUAGGUGUGAAACAUCUUGGUGAAGGCCUGGAGAGUCCACACUGCAAACUGAAGAUUCUCAAGUUGUCUGGUUGUCAGGUAACAGAGAAAGGCUGCUCUUUCUUGGCCUCAUCUCUUUUGUCCAACACAGCCUCCCGUCUGGAACAUCUGGACCUGAGUUACAAUCAUCCAGGAGACAUUGGGACAAAAAGACUAACAGAUAUAGUUGAAGCUCCAGAAAUAAAGCUGAGGGCAGUGCUUUUGGACCACUGCGGAGCAUACCGGUUAAAACCAGGGAUUAAAAAAUAUGGCAGAGAGCUGAAGCUUGAUGAAAAUACUGCAAGCAAAAGGCUUAUCCUAGAAGGAGACAGAAAAGUAAGAACUGUAAAGAAGGUAGAGGAGAAACCUGCACGACCUGAAAAUGAGGACAGGUUCAAGAGGUCUCAGGUGCUUUGUGCUGAGGGACUGAAAGGUCUCUGUUACUGGGAAGUGGAAUGGAGUGGGAUGGUCGGCAUUGCUGUGGCAUACAAAAGAGUGGGUAGAAAAUUGGAUAGUAGUGGUGGCCUAGGAUGCAAUGAGAUGUCCUGGAGUCUGAACUGCUCUAGGAGUAAAUGCACUGCCAUGCAUGGGAAGACAUCAAAGCCAUUGAAAUUACCUUCUAGUCAAAAAAUAGCAGUGCUCUUGGAUUGGGAAGGUGGAACUCUGAGUUAUUACAGUGUUUCAUCAGAAAAGCUGAGCCUCAUACACACCUUCCAUGCAAAAUUCACAGAGCCGCUCUUCCCAGCCUUCUGGUUUAAAACGGGCUCUGUGACCUUAUGUGACAUAAACUAAAUCACUGUGGUUAAAACAGCUUUAAUGUACUGUAGGGAAUACUAACAAUACUCUUUUAUUAACAUUUCAAUGCUGUAAUGUGAAACAUUACCUUUUCUUUUUUUAAUGUAAGUUGUGACUUUACUUACUUCUGAAUCCAUAUCAAAACUGAAAAAAUGAAAAACUGUCAUUAAGAAGCUUUCUGUAUUCCAACCCUCUUAGCAGACAACCACUCUACUACUGCUAUAAGUUACUGCAUUUUUUAAAAGACUGCAUAUUGACUGUGUCUACGUGAGAUUUAUUAGCAAAACGGAAACAUAACUAAACAUACUUUAAAUGGACUAAUCAAUAAAAUUUGAAUUAGUGAGAUUAUUAUGGAAAGAUUAAACACAUUUUGUUUAUUUCACUCAUUUCUGUUUGUUCAUUCAUUUCGUUUAUUUUUAUUUUUAUACAAGUAAAAUAUUCUGAGGAAAGAUAUACUGAUAACAAUGAUGAAUAUUAUUAACAAUUUCAAGUAUGUUUUUUUUUCUUGGCUUCAUCUCAUAUUACUGGUACAUUUUUUUUUUUUUUUAAAGACCUUGUAACAGUUUAACUACUUUUUAAAAUUUUCUACAAUAAACAUUUUUGGUGGCUGCAAUGAAUACUUCUUUUCAUAAUUAAUAUAGAGGACCUGAGUCCCAGUAACAUGAAUAUUGAGUUAAAUCUUUAUUUAUAUAUAAACAAACCUGUCCACUGUUUAAUUACAUGAGAAUUUGGGGGCAGUGUAAUCACAGCACAAGCAUACUCCCAACAUGUUAUAUGACUGUGUUGUAAAUUAUUAUAUAUGAUUUGUUUUAAUCUCUUAUGUUUAAAAAAUGUCAAUAAAUCACAUCCAAAUG